CGGAUAUUGAUCCAUAUCUUGUAAAUUAGCAUAGCUUGUGGUUUCAACCAUUCAUCAACCCGCUUGUUUGGUAUUCAUCGCCAAACUUUCCGUAUUUUGUAUGUGCCAGUGUUUUACUUGGUGCAUAAUAUAUUUUUUUGUUCAUGUAAUACUGAUAGCUAAUUUCACACGCAAUGGGCGUUUUAGGGAAUAGACAACGUUAACAAAUCCGUUACUCGCCAGUUGCCGCAUCAUCACUUGUUGAACUACAGUAUUUCUGUAUUCCUGCAUCAUGCACGGGUGUCUUCCAUUCAAAUUUCUUCUAACAUUAGUGUCGUCAAUCUUGGCAUUCGGAGCCACUGGAUUUGCACAAGUAGAUGGUAGUCCACCUUCAAAAAUAGCCAUUAUCGGCGCUGGAAUAGGAGGUACCGCCACAGCACACUUUCUACGGCAGCACUUCGGACCGGAAGUGCGCAUUGACGUGUUUGAGAAGGGCACCGUCGGGGGCCGCCUGGCCACAGUAACAGUUAACCAUCAGGAUUACGAGUCUGGGGGCUCCAUUAUCCACUCGCUAAACCUGCACAUGCAAGACUUUGUCAAGCAGUUAGGUCUCAAGUAUCGUAGGAAUGUGGCAGGGAAGACGGCAGUGUUUAAUGGUGAGGAGUUCAUCUUGGAGGAGACCGACUGGUACCUGCUAGAUCUGUUCCGCAUCUGGUGGCGCUAUGGCAUCAGCUUCAUCCGCCUGCAGAUGUGGGUGGAGGAGAUCAUGGAGAAGUUCAUGAGGAUCUAUAAGUACCAGGCUCAUGGAUAUGCCUUCAGUUCAGUGGAGGAGCUGCUGCACUCUCUGGGGGGCUCCGGGUUCCUUAACAUGACCCGCGGCUCCCUGUCAGAGUCUCUGCUGGAACUGGGCGUAUCACAGCGGUUCAUCGACGAGGUCAUCGCCCCUGUCAUGAGGGUCAAUUACGGACAGAAUAUCAGUAUCCCAGCUUUUGUCGGUGCUGUGUCGUUGGCAGGGGCACAGGCCAACCUGUGGGCAGUGGAGGGAGGAAACAAGCUGGUUUGCUCCGGCCUUUUAAAACUGGCCAAGGCCAACCUUAUUCAGGCUCAAGUCACAACUAUCUCCCCGCAUGCGGCUGGAGAGUCUACCCAGUACCAGCUCAACUAUGCCACUCCGACUGAGAAAGGGUCAGAGUUCUAUGACAUUGUGGUGGUGGCCACGCCCCUGCAGUCUAGCGUUGGCUCAGGAAUCUCCUUCCAGGGCUUUGAGCCUCAGCUGCCCGAAAUGGCCGGUUCCUACCACCACACGGUGGCCUCGAUUGUCCAUGGCUACCUCAACUGCUCUUACUUCGGCUUCCCGGAUCCGAAGCUCUUCCCGUUUGCGAGUGUGCUGACUACAGACUUGCCGGGGCUCUUCUUCAACAGUGCCGCUAGCAUCUGUCCCGUUAACAUCAGCACUGGCUUCCGCCGCAAGCAGCCGCAAGAGGCUGGGGUUUACAAGGUGUUCUCCUCCCGCCCGUUGGAUAAGACGGCGCUGAAGACGCUAUUUAAGUCUUACUAUUCUGUGCAGGUGACCGACUGGCAGGCCUACCCGCUUUACGGGAGCACCCAGAGCCUUCCGCCUGUGAUCCUUCACGACAGCCUGUAUUACCUCAACGGCAUUGAGUGGGUGGGCAGCGCCAUGGAGAUGAGCUCGGUGGCGGCCAAGAACAUUGCCCUGCUGGCCUUUCACCGCUGGAGCAGGCAGGUGGAGAUGGUCGACCAGAAGGACCUGAUGCACAAAAUUAAGACGGAGCUGUGACCACCCACUGGCACAGGUGUCACAGGGUAUUGCACGAGGCCUGACUUUGAGGCCUUUCCACUUACAUUUGAAUACCUUUGUGUCGUUACGUUACAGCUGCGGGUCGCAAUGGAAAAAAAGACUUUCAUUUCAUGCCACUUUGCAUUCCAUGUUUAGGUGAAUCUUUUGUGAAUGAAGAUGUAGCGCAGGCAGCUGUUAUUAAAGUGGAUGAGUCUGAGGUAUGUUUGACUUGCUAUGCAAAUAAUAUAGAUUAUUUAUUUAAAGUAAAUGCUUACAUGCUUAUUAAAGAAGUUUUGACAAAUACUAUAUGGUUAGAAUUGGAUUUACUGAAUGAAUGUAAUUGUAGGGUUUAUGCUUAUUAUGCACUGACUAAAAAGAUUUGCCUCUUAGAAAAACAGUUUGAAUAUCUAUUUUCAAUUUCUUUAAGUUCAAGUGAUAACUAACCGACUACGCGUGUUUGUGUAAUAAGAAAUUAAAAAGAUUUUUCUUGAUUA